GUUAACGAGAAGUUCCUGGAGGCGGGUCUGAUGGACCUGUGCCAGAUCAGUCCAGCAGGUCCCACCGCCCCGGCACCAGAAGACUCCUGGGAGUGGGACGAGACGGACAUGACCAUCCCAGAGACAGAACCUGGAGAAGAACCAGAGUCCGACCCGACUCACGCCCAACAAACCAACCCGGACCAGUCUUCAGACAGGACUCUGUCCAUGGAGAGUCAAGUCAGAACCCAAGUCCAGGUGUCUCAGAGGGCCGUCCCCCCUCACAGUAACAUCCUCCAGGUGUUCUCCCUCCAUAACGUAGAGUUCUACAGACMGCCUGAGGUUCCUCUCACCAAAGCUCAAACCCUGAAGAGCCUCAGCAAAGACUCCUCCCUGUCCUCACUGGAGUCCCUCCCAGACCUGCUGGGACCUCUCAUGUCCAACACUCGGGACAGAGGCAGAGGACAGCUGGACAACCGUCCCCGCUCAGACUCUGAGAGCGGGAUCGUCAGUGACACCGGAGACGUGGAGACGACGUCCAGCUCUGACGUCCAAGCUGAGGAGGAGGAGGCUGUCCCCGAGCUUCAUCAGACCGGGUGGACGAGGAGGGGGACUGGAGGAGACACUAAGAAGAGGACAGAGGAGGAGACGAAGAGGAGGAGCAGGAGGAGAGGAGGCGAGGCCGUGGAGAUUCUGGUGAACGGACACGGGAUCCUGACCCCAGCAGACUCUGACUCUGACUUUGAAGGAGGUGGAGUCCAUGAUGAUGAUGUCAUCAUGCUGAACCCGGACCCCUACAUCAGUCUGGAGCCCCGCCCCCUUCUCAAGUGUCWGGACUCCAGUCCGGUUUUAUCUCAGACCUCCAGUCUGGAGUCUCUGCUGGCUCCGGGCGUGGACCUGUUUCCCUCCAAAGACCCCCUGCAUCGGACCGCCUCCCUGGAGAGCUGCCUGAACCCGGGAUCCAGCACCGAGGCCGGCAGCCCCAGAGACCUGGACUUGGGUCCAAACACAGGAGGAGGUGCUGCAGGGGAGCUGAGCCGGAGGACCCUGGACCUCCUGAGACGUCUGGAGGACAUCCAGACCCCUGUGGUGUCCAACAUGACCCGGAGCGUCUCCGACGUGACGCUUCCAAGCAGCUCCCCUCAGAGGAGCCUGCUCCCCCUCUCCCCCUCUCUGGGGGGGCAGGGCUCCCCCCUCUCAGGGGAGCUGCAGUGGACCGGCCGAAGCUCGGGGACGGUCUCGCUCAUCGAGGACUCGUCUGUGGGCUCCGAGGACGUGUCCUCACACAGGAACCACAGGCCGCUGCUGGACACAAACAUGGCCGCCAGCCCCAGGUCCUGCAGGAGACCCGGUCCCAGCAGCCGGGCGGGACCGGGCGGGGACGAGCCGGAUGUGGCCAGCCUCAGCAUGYUGGUGAACGUCUCGUGCACAUCGGCGUGCACGGACGAGGACGAGGACAUCAGCGACCUGCUGUCCUCCUCCACGCUGACGCUCACCGAGGAAGAACUCGGGGUUCGUGAUGAAGAGGAGGGACAGGAGGACCGGCUGAGCGGGACGUCCUCGGGGGACGAGGACGAAGAGGACGUGGACAGCUCCUACAUCCUGGGACUGGACUACAUGAAGAGGGAGCUCCAGAGCUGGAUCAGGUCUCCUCGCUCCUCCUCUUCCUCUCUCCUGUCCAGAACYGAGGCGGGUCUGCGGGACGAGCUGCAGUGUGGGACGUCUCCGUCCUCGUCCUUCACGUCCUCAGCUGCUAAAGAGACCAACCAGAACCAAAGGGAAGGAGCAGAGCGAGACAGGAAGGAGGAGAACCGCAGGAACCAGACCUACAUCAGUCAGUUCGUGGACGACGUGGAGAACGGCAAUGUGGACCAGAUCUGUUUGAACCGGCGUGACGAAGAYGACGAGCUCCUCCGAGAAGAGUCCAGCGUCUUCACUAAGAAGGGGGACGCUGUGACAGAGUUCUACRUCAACACCAGACCUGACGAGUCGAACCAAGAUGGAGUCGGCCUGAGAGAGGACCCAGAUUCAACCAGACGUCUGUGUCUGUCCCCGUCCUGCGACCUGCUGACCUUCUCCAAGCCCACGUCCUCCUUGGUGGGACAGCUGCAGGGGGAGCUGCCCUGCCACGGCAUCCCCCUGCGCUCGCCCCCGCCCCCCUCGCCGGGCGAGGACCGCAGGUCCCAGCAUGCACUGCUCAGCAGCAGAGCUGCAGGAGGGAGGAGGGCCAUCAACAUCCAGGAGAAGUUCAAGUUCUCAUCCUUCGUGACGGAGGAGACGAGGAGGGAGGUCCGAGCCAAAGACUCAUCUCUGCCCUCCAAAAAACGUCCCAAAUCCUCGUCCUGCUGCAGCCACGCCCCCUCCUCCUUGCCCCGCCCACAGAGUGGAGACCAAAGCAGGAAGGAGGGCGUGCACAGCUUCGUGAUGGAGCUCAUCGACAUGGCUUCAGUGGCUCUGAAAAACAAAGAGAACCAGACCCAAGAGCUGAACCUGAGGGGGUCCGUCCAAGACCUGAGUCCUGGACCACUGGCACAGAUCAGAGACAAGGUCCUCCAACACGCCCACCAGCCUCUGCACCUGAGGAAGGGGGACUUCUACUCCUACCUGUCCCUGUCGUCCCACGACAGCGACUGUGGUGAGGUGAGUCAGUGCAGCGAGGACCAGAGCUCCACCCCCCCACCCUACAGCAUCCCGUCAUGCACCAGUCCAGACCCCUGCAGUCCAGACCCCUGCAGUCCAGACCCCUGCAGUCCAGACUCCUGCAGUCCAGCACUGCAGACCAAACAACCAGACCGCCUCUCUGAUCCUGAACCAGCCUGUGGUCUGGACCUGAGAUGUGCCGGGGUGGCCUCGGCGCCCCCCAGCCCCGACAUCCGUGACGAGGAGACCCUGUUUGCAGCCUGCACCGAGGAGGUGUACCUGGGUCCGCCCCUCUGCUACAGCCUGCUGCUGUGCAGGAAGCCACGCCCCUUCCUGCACAGGUCCACUUCCAGCGACGGGCUGAGCGGACCCCGCUGGCCCCAGGUGGACCCGUACCAAGAUCACCUGUACUUCCAGGGCUCGGGGCCCAGCCCGUGUCCUUCCUGGCCCCCCGAGGAGCUCCGCCCCCUCUGUGAGGCUCCUGCAGGAGCUCCUCUGCAGGAGCAGAGGAUCUGUAAUGAGGGGCCUCCUUAUCUUAAUCCCGGGCUGCGUGUCGCCCUGAUAGACUCGUCUGCAGCUGAAUGUUUGGCAGAUUCUGAGACGCUUGGAUCCAAUAUGGACGCCGUAAUGACCGAGAUAAGUGUCUGCAGCUCCGCUACAAAUCCCUCAAAAGAGCCAGCCGCYGCCGCCGCYGCCGCCGCCGCCACGCGUAUUAAUCCUGAAAUUAACUGCUCAGCGAUGAGUGGGGCUGAUAGGGAGGAGCCGGAGCGGCGCGCAGAGGUAGAUACCCGACAGGAGGCGCAGGAGGAGGAGGGYGGGGACGGGUGGAGCAGCUUGCAGCAGGAUCCAAAGGCUACGAUGGAGGAGCAGGGACCUACAGGUCUGACUGCAGGGAGGACCAGGGUCCAGCUGUAACAGGACUCACCAUGAAGCUGAUCUCAGCUCAGAGCUCCAGACCUCCCCACCCCCUCUGGACUGAUGGUCAGACACUGGACUGGUGUCAGGGUGGUCCUCAGCUKGUUUUAAGGACUGUCCUCCUGUGAAGACCCCACUGAGUGAAGCUGGUGUUCAGACAGAAGCACGAAGUGAAGAAAAGAUGUUGACCUUCUUAGAGUUAAMGAUCUGAACCAUUAACAUGUUUAGAGUUUAAUCACAGCUUCACUGAGACCACAGGAGGACUUCACAGAAACUGGAUCUGAUCCACAUUAACCUAAACAAGCUUUGACUGAACAGAAAGACUUUUUAUUUAGGAAACAUCUGAGAGAAAAACUCUCCUUAAACUUUAAACUUUAUUCUACAGAACUGGUCAGGCUUCUUCACACUGCAUGGUCUCUGGGCUCAGACAGGACCUGGGUGGUCCCUGGGUUCUGACAGGUCCUGGGUGGUCCCUGGGUUCUGACAGGACCUGGUCUGUGGGCUCAGACAGGACCUGGGUGGUCCCUGGGUUCUGACAGGACCUGGGUGGUCUCUGGGUUCUGACAGGACCUGGGUGGUCUCUGGGUUCUGACAGGACCUGGGUGGACUCUGGGCUCAGACAGGACCUGGGUGGUCUCUGGGCUCAGACAGGACCUGGGUGGUCCCUGGGCUCAGACAGGACCUGGUCUUUGGGUUCUGACAGGACCUGGGUGGUCUCUGGGCUCAGACAGGACCUGGGUGGUCCCUGGGCUCAGACAGGACCUGGUCUUUGGGUUCUGACAGGACCUGGGUGGUCUCUGGGCUCAGACAGGACCUGGGUGGUCCCUGGGCUCAGACAGGACCUGGUCUUUGGGUUCUGACAGGACCUGGGUGGUCUCUGGGCUCAGACAGGACCUGGGUGGUCCCUGGGCUCAGACAGGACCUGGUCUUUGGGUUCUGACAGGACCUGGGUGGUCUCUGGGCUCAGACAGGACCUGGGUGGUCCCUGGGCUCAGACAGGACCUGGUCUUUGGGUUCUGACAGGACCUGGGUGGUCUCUG